AUGAUGAACACGUACAUGUCUCUCUCCUUGGAGCGCAGCAGCAGCAGCGUGGUCCGCGACGUCGCCACGCCCGCGCCUCUGGCCAGCGGUGCCAGUGCCUCGUCGUAUCCACGCGCGGGCGCGGGUGGGGGCAUGCUGGGCACGUCGCUCUCCCUGGCCAGCGCCGCGGCGGCGGCGCACGGGCACGGCCAGUACCUCCCCCUCAACGAGGACGACUCCCUGGACAUGGUCCUCUUCGACGUGCUCCGCGAGGCAUCCGGCUCCGCUGCGGCGCCCGCCACCUACCAGCCGCCGGCCUCGUCGCUGCCUACGCUGAAGGCGGCGCUCGCUUCUGGCGCCGCGCGCAAGGGCGGCGGCGGCGGUGGCAACAGCAGGGCCGCGCACGCACCGAAGGCGACCACAACGGGGCGGCACUACCGCGGGGUGAGGCGGCGGCCAUGGGGCAAGUACGCCGCGGAGAUCCGUGACCCGGCGCGGCACGGGGCGCGGCUCUGGCUCGGCACCUUCGCCACGGCCGAGGAGGCCGCCGCGGCGUACGACCGCGCCGCGUUCCGCAUGCGGGGCGCCAAGGCGCUGCUCAACUUCCCGCCGGCGGUCGCGGGCUGCUGGGGUGACGGAAGCCAAGUGAAUGGCGAAUGCGAUCUCAAGGAAAACGGGUCGUUGGCAGCUGAUGACCCGCCUGAUAAUGAAUGUUUCUAA